AUGACCUUAGGCAUGCUACGGCUAAAGGUGCAAAACCACGAUCGCAGCUGGAGGAUGGCAAAUGUUUUCAUAGACGAGGGGAGCGACACCACGCUUAUGCGGAGCGCGUUUGCAGUAGCCCUCAAUAUCCAGGGACAUUCUCAAGUCCUUACCGUAGACGGAGCCGGUGGCCUCGUCACUCGGCAUCGAUCCAAACGAGUGCAGUUUCAGAUCCUCACCCCUGACGGGGAUGUUGUCAUGCUCGAGGGCUCCACAAUGAAAUUGGUAGCCAGUCCAACGCCAAUUACCGACUGGAGCAAGCAGAAACUUCAAUGGCAGCAUCUUCGUGAUCUGCCGGUAGGAGAAGUUGGCGGGAAGGUAGACAUCCUUAUCGGUACAGACUACCUCCAUUUACUUGCUGCUCAAGAGACAAGGGAAGGGACUGAGUGUGAACCCAUCGCAUCCAAAACCCGACUCGGAUGGAUCGUUCGGGGUGUCACGAACAAGAGUCAACACGUGACCGCUAUUCGCAGUUUUACAAUCUCCGGUCACACCCCACUGGACAAUCUGUCAGCUGAGAUACGGUGGUUCUGCGAUACCGAAGACUUCGGUACCGAAUACUCGAAAGGCUGCAUCUCAUCCGACGACCAGCGAGCCCUAACAAUCACGAAGGAGAAGACGCGAAGAUUAGCUGUUGGGUACGAGGUCCCAAUCAUCUGGAGGGAAGGAGACCCUGACCUCAUCAACAAUCAACAGAUGGUCAAGAACAGAUUCCAAAGCCUGUUGCGGAGAUUUCAAACGCAACCAGAGUUGGAAAAAGACUAUGAGGCGGCCAUGCAAAAAAAUCUGGAUCAAGGAUAUGCCUCCCGCAUUCAAGACCCAGUCGACGUAAAUACUUCUUGGCCCAUCACGGAGUGUACAAGGGCAAGAAAUUACGCGUCGUGUUUGACGCCGCCGCAACCUUCAAGGGUAAAUGUUUAA